AUGGCCACCAAUGCCACCAUAACUGCUAUACCUGUAAAAUCUGAAAGCAUUAGCGUUGCUACAGCUAACAUCCUAUAUGCGAUAUUUGCAUCAUUAUCCAUCCUAGACAAUAUACUGAUUUGUUGGCUGUUUCUGAGAAAUAGUCAGUUACUACGCCUUGCAUCAAGUAUCCUUAUCUUUAGUUUAGCUAUCAUUGAUAUCUUAACUGGAAUAUUAAUUAUGGCUACGCCAAAAACUUAUGGAGGUAUCCAAAUCCAUUUACAAGGCGUUGAUGCGGUACUGUAUUGUACUCUCGUCUAUUCCGAGUAUUUUAUCUGGACUCUUGGUAUCGCAUCUUGUUAUAUCAUUGCUGCCCUAAGUGUUGAGCGAUUGUAUAUGGUUAGUGCUGCAGCGAUGUAUAAAUAUGUAUUUACACCGACUAAAACGAUCCUCUAUGUGAUCUUGAUUAUUCUUUGGGCUGGUAUCUUGAAUGCGCCCAAUUUCUAUCAUUUUUAUCACAACGAAAAUAUAACCAACCCUGUACCCUGUGGAUUCCGAAUCUUGGCAGUCGAUGAAACUGCUAGUCGAGCAAUUUAUUUCACCAGUUUUGCUUUACGUUUUGCCAUUCCCCUAGUCAUCACCAUUACCUGUUAUGUUGGAUUUAUGCGCAAAAUAAGGACUGCCAUAACGUGCAUAUCUAGUGCUAAUAAUGUUCAAACUGGUAAACGUAGCCGUUUAAUGCUACGACGGUUAACGCGAAUGUGCGUCCUAAUUUCUAUCGCUUUCUGUAUUUGUUGGUUACCUAACCAAGUUUAUUUCGUUUUAAGGGCUCAAAGAUUAAUAAAGCAUAACCUAGCUUUCCAUAUGUUCACCAAAGUACUCGUAUCCAUGAACUCUGCUAUCAAUCUGUUCAUCUAUACUGCAUCAAAUCUCUAUUUUUAUAACGAAUUAAUAGCUCUCAUUAAAUUUAUUUGCUGUUGUAAACGUGUACAAAGAAAAAUAGGGUUUUUGUCAGCUUAA